AAACCUGUUUUCACCUUGUCUGCUGCUUCAACGAGCUCACAUACCUUCAGACAGGAUACUGCAACAUUCUGAGUGUUUUUCUGUCUAAAAACCUCUGUUUCUAUAUAGAUUGCUGUAUUUCUUUUUAAAUAGCAGACAUGGGAGUGACAAUCUACAUGGCCAGUGUGAGCAGUUCUCUGGAGCUGAAGAAAAAUCAAGAAAGAAUCUUCUCUGUCCUGUCUUCGAAGAAGAUUCCCUUCAAAGCUGUAGAUAUUACUCAAAAGUCAGAAGACAAGGAUUUCAUGAGGAAGAAGUCAGGCAAUCCAAAAGCACUUCCCCCACAAAUAUUCAACGGAGAUGCAUACUGUGGAGACUUUGCUGCAUUCGAGCAAGCUAUUGAGAUGGAGAAACUAGAGCAGUUCCUCAAGCUGUAAAGGGAGUACUUAUCAGCAGCGUGGGACCCUCGGGAAUAUUUUAGUUGAAUUAGCUGCACAAACAAUUAUGAAAGAAUAUGUUUUCGCUUGCAUAUGUGGUAUAAGAUAUGCUUAAUUGCUUCAAGAUACUACCAAGAGGCAUAUGUGGUUUUUUGGGGUAGCAGCACAUUUUGGAAGUUUGAAAAAUUGAAAUAAAAUAUCUUUAAACUUUUUAA